AUGAAGAAAGGGGCAUUAGCGCCUAAUCUGAAGCUAUCUCUGCCUCCUCCGGAAGAGAUCUCCAAUUUCCUGACCGGGUCAGGCACGUUCAAGGAUGGUGAUCUCUUGGUUAAUCGGGAUGGUGUCCGGAUUGUGUCCCAGGGUGAAGUUGAAACUCCAGCUUUGAUACAACCAUCAGAUAACCAGUUGAGCUUAGCUGACUUCGAUGCAGUUCAAGUUAUUGGGAAGGGAAAUGGGGGUGUCGUGCGCUUGGUGCAACAUAAAUGGACAGGACAAUUUUUCGCUCUUAAGGUUAUUCAAAUGAAUAUUGAAGAGUCUGCUCGCAAGCAUAUUGCACAAGAACUGAAAAUCAAUCAGUCGUCUCAAUGCCCCUAUGUUGUGGUUUGCUAUCAGUCAUUUUAUGAUAAUGGUGCAAUCUCGAUAAUAUUCGAGUAUAUGGAUGGCGGUUCUCUUGCCGAUUUCCUAAAAAAAGUUCAUUUGAUUCCAGAGCCGUAUCUUGCUGCAAUUUUUAAGCAGGUGCUCAAAGGUUUGUGGUAUCUUCAUCAUGAGAAACAUAUUAUCCACAGGGACUUGAAACCUUCGAAUUUGCUAGUAAACCACAGGGGUGAAGUCAAGAUCACCGAUUUUGGUGUCAGUGCAAUACUGGCCAACACGUCUGGUCUUGCUAAUACCUUUGUUGGCACGUACAAUUACAUGUCUCCCGAAAGAAUUAUUGGGGGAAAAUAUGGUUUCAGCAGUGAUAUCUGGAGCCUUGGUUUGGUUCUCCUCGAGUGCGCAACAGGAAAUUUCCCGUAUUCCUCACCACAGCCAGGUGGUUGGGUCAAUGUCUAUGAGCUGAUGGAGACCAUUGUUGACCAACCAGCACCUUGUGCACCUCCAGAUCGGUUUUCUCCCGAGUUCUGUUCGUUUAUUUCUGCUUGUGUGCAAAAGGAUCCAAAAGACAGAUUGUCCGCAAACGAACUUAUGGCACACCCUUUCAUCACAAAGUACAAUGAUGUUGAUCUUGCAUUGUACUUCACUGGUGCAGGACCUUCGUUGACUGCCCUUUAA